CUCAGUGACCACUGGCGAUCGCCAUGUAGCGCGCGCCCCCGCAGCUCCGCGCCCCACCGCGCCGCCCGCCGCGGCAGACGAUAUCAAAAGGAAGUGUUACAGCAUUGAUGCACCCCGCCCGGCCGCCGGCCCACGACGGCUGACGCGGCCGCGACCCGCCGGCCCGCUCCUCCGCGCGCUCCGCAGCGGCCAGCACUAUGCCCUCGACGAGGGAGAGCGGGAGCGCGCGCCCCGCCCACGGCGGCAGCCCCAACGGACACCGGCUCAACACCAUGGACAACGCGGCGUUCGACGCCCACGGAGAGGCCGCACAACGCGCCGCCAUGACCACGGUGGAGUUGGGGGAGAUGGGCGCCGUCGCGCCGCGCGCCGCCUCCGGCGCCCCCAGGACGAACGGGACGAACGGGACGGCGGGCGGCGCCCCGCUGUGCAAGCCCGACCUGUGCAGGGCCAUGGCGCCCCAGAUCCUCGGCAAGCCCCCGGCCAUGAGGCCCAACCCCUGGCACCGCUACAAGACGGUCCUGCUGGUGGCCACCGUCGCCGGGCUCGUCAUUUGGGCCGUCGUGUACGGCCUGUUCGCCAACAAGUGGCAGAGCACUUAGACGGUCCGAUCGAGGGCUGGGCCGAGGCCGAGAGAGACGCUCGCACAGGAUUCCCGUCUGCACAAGGGCAGGCGGCUCGUGAAUCUCGUCGUGGCGGUUGUGUACGGAACGUACGGAGCCUAAUCUCAUUAUUACCUCUUAGGUAUAUUUUUUUUAUGACUUUAUGCGCUUGUUACACGUUAUAGCAAAUGAAGUAUGCUUUCUAGGAGUAAGGACAUGUGAUACUGUGAUGACUGAUAAUGUGAAUAUAUAAAUGUAAUGCUAUCAUCUUA